AUGGGCCCAGAUGUAUUAGCAGUUAUUUUUGUAACCGUAUUUUUAAUUAAUUGCGCCAACGGAAGUGUAGACGGCGAAAAAGCAUUCACCCAAGCUGAGUAUGAUAUCAUCAACGACACUGCGUCCUUUCCAUGGCAAGACCUACACAAUGAAAUACAUCAGGGUGAUGCCAUCACCUAUGAGCUGGGCACGCCACAAUACCAAAUUUUAAACGCCGAUGAGCCGAUAGAAAUCAUCACACCCGAUCAGCCCGGUUAUUACGAAAGCCUUAAGCGUUAUGAAGCGGCAGCAAUGCAGCAGACAGAGGAAAAGCAGAGUGAUGCGACUACGACAGCCCCAGAAGAAAUACAGAAGCAAACAGUUACGGAGAAACAAGAAAAACUGAUUUCAGAUGGGGAGAAGAAGAUUCAAUUUAUCAUACUGAACUCGAAGAAAAAGAGCAAAAAUCCAAAAAUGUAUUUAGGUUCACCAAAUCAAUACCAACUAGAUGCCAAGUCAGUUGAAACGAGCAAAAAGAACAACGAAAUGAAGAAUAAAAAACCGGUAGUAAAAGAAACAGCUCCUUGGACCCAAAAAUUUAACGACAAUAUGGAAGCACAAUCGAAAGGAAACGAAGUAGAACUCGUUGCUUUGUCAAAGACAAUCGAGAAGAGCAAACAAAUCCAAAGUGUGUCUCCACAAUCAAACCAUAAGAAGGAAAUAGUAAAAUCUUUGGAGGCAAAUACGUUUAUUCCAAACACAGAAACCAUUAUUAUCGAUGAUAAUAAUAAUUCGAGCAGCACUGUCUUAUCAUCAAAUUCUCUCACAGAAUCGUCGCUAACAGAAGUCAUGCCGGCUACGGAUAUACCAGCGGAAACUCCACUCCAAUUACCAGAUACGUUUCUUACAUACGAUACUCCGCCCACUGAGGAGACAUCAGCGCCUCUAAACCAAAAACUGAAAGAACCUUAUAUGACUGAUAUGAGCUCGGAUGCGCCAGUGUAUGAAGCUCCACCCCACAUCCGAGAUUUCGAGUAUUUAUAUCGCUCAGCGUUGGGUCUACCAUAAUAUAGACCA